GCGGCGUCUCCCGUCGGAACGGUGUGCGGAGGAUCGGUGUCCAGGAUGGAAGCAGAAGCAGUGACCAAUUUCGAGGAGGAUCAGUAGGGAAAGCGUCGGAGACAAUAUCAAGCAGGAGGAGCAGCAGUAGUAGUGGCAGCAGCAGGGGCUACCACCAUCCAUGCCAACGACCCCCAACGGAUGAUCAUCUCUUCUCUUCCCAGUCGCGCCGCCACAGUCUGACCGAGCGGUCGCCACAAUCGCUCGCUUCGCUCGGCCUCGUUCACGCGUUUUCUCCUUCUUCUUCGGGUGGUCACUUCUUAAAGGGUUAAAACAACGCCUCGUCCAUUUCCUCUUCUUACGCCAUUGACCGGUUCUUCACAUUAUCCUCUCGAAGGAGUGUCACGCCCCCCUGGUCCUACUACUGUUGUCUUCGUUCAACUGGUAUUUAUAAAUGCCAGUCGUGUGAACAUCACGGCAGCCUCCCUCCGCCUCCCGCCUUCCUCCAUCGUGACAUAAGAUCUUGAAGGCGGAAGCUGAUAUUAAUGUGAGGAAUAGUUCCCGGUGGCAUCAGUCGCUUUGCUUGCACACAAAAAGCCUUGAAGAACCACUCGAUGUAGAUCACAAACUGUGCAGACGGGAUCCUUGGCGAGUGUGAGGCGGUGUUGUCCAACGAGGCUUCCCACACCCCCUCUCUCCCAUCCCAGUACAUCACGUGGGUUCCUCGGGUCCCCAUUCGACAGCUUUGAGAUAACAUGGAAAGUGGUGCCAGGUCACUCCUCCCUGAUAGAAUGGAAGGCCCAAAGCCGCAUUUUCCAAUAAGAUUAGAUGACAGUGCCACCUCCAUGUUGCCCGACCGGGGCAAAUCGCCCCUCACUCUUGCGAUUGAUGCCACAACCACUCAGCUCAACUCAGUCGCCGAAAGCUUCAAGACACAUUUCCCCCAUGGAACUGAUGGAACAAAGUCAUUCCUCUUACAAAACCUGGAAGGGACGAUGGCCCUCUUGGCUGCUAGAGGUGUCGAUGCACCCUAUCCAAUCGCCUUGGAUGGACUGAGGCCAUUCCUACCGUAUGGAAGCAGUGGUGAGAGUGUCAAAUCGUACCUGCUGGAACGUUUGGACAAGCCCCACAAAUCCGUCCGGGACAGAAAAGAUAUCAAGUGCAGUGGAAGCGACAGGACGACGACAACGACAUCGUCCUCUUCCGUGGCUACAUCAGUGGGCGGAGAUAUUAAAAGGUUCCAUCACCAUCAUCAUCAUGACAGGUCAAGAGAACACAAAAGUAGCAACAGUCAUUCUAUCAAGAAAGUACCGUUGCCAAAAUCCCAGUUGUCCAACCCUCGUCACGAUGCCAAUCUUACCCAUGCUAUCAGGGAACUGCACGAUGAGGAGUUUGGUUUGGAUGCUGUACUCCUAGCUGAGGGUGGUCACGUAGGAGCUCACUGUGCAGUACUGGCUGCAGCAUCUCCUUUCUUGAAGACCAUCCUCCUUCAUGCUAAUGAUCACCCAGCUAUCAUAUCUGUCACUGGUACAUCAUUUUCAACUCUUCAGUCUCUUGUCACCUGUCUGUAUACAGGGAACAUUCCAAGUGGUGCUAGUUUGUUUCAUCUCAUAGAAGCUGCUAAGUUGCUUAAGAUGGACGAGUUAGCUGCAGUACUGCAGAAAACAUAUUUUGCUCAAGGGGGUUCAUUAGACCUACCUCCCAAGUCACAGCAAUUGAUAUCAUCAAGUCAGCGGUCUACAACCACAACAACUGCUAGCCUCCAGCAGGGUCUCAUUACUUCUCAAGAGCAGCAACCAGAAAAGUUUGGCAAGAAAGUUCGCAGCAACAGAUUAGAUCAGAUUCUCUAUCAGAAACUGAAUGUGAAUCACCUGGCCCCAUCAGAUAUUCCUGAACAACCACCACCUCACCCUCCUCCUUCCCUAGUGCCUCCCUCCCAAGAAUCCUCAAGAGUGCCUCCUCUCUUUGACGCAUCCCGAGUGCCUAUCCUUGAAGCCCCCAGAGUGCCUCCUCCUGACCAUGGUGGCAUACUAGGUGAGCUCCUCACAAAGGCAGAUCCUUUGAGGUCUAUAUUUUCCAAUCCCAGCAUAUAUUCUGGCAUACCUGAUCUUUCUUUUGAGGCUUCAAGAGCAUCUACCCUUAAACCACUUAACCUCUCGAAAUCUAGCAAGGCUGAGACAUUGACCUCUUCUGCUGCUUCCACCGUAUCUUCCUCCACUUGUACUACUACAGCUAUCCUUAGUUCGACUACCACCAGUUGUAGCCCUUCCUCCACUAUGGCAUCAAGCCUGGCUUCACAAACUGAUCUAACCUUGGCUGGAUUAACAUCAUUGGCUCCAACUCUCCCUGGUAACAUGCCUGGUCUCUUAACUCCUCUCACUCCCUCUAAUAUCUCAUCUAUGAUCUCACCAUCUGCUUUAGUUUCCUUAUCUACUACUUCUGCACUUGCUUCUUUCGGAGCACAGCACUCGGCCAUCACAUCAAAACCUAAAAGUUCGUGUGGAAAUGGAACCAGUCGAAGUCGCAGCACCACCAAAAGUAUUUGCAGUGGCAGGAGUAGCAGUAGCAGCAGUACAAACACUACCAGACCAGGUGACAAUAGUGGGACUCCUAGUCAUAGUUUGCCACUGUUGUACACUUUGAGAAGUGGAAUGAUGACCCCUGAAAUGGCAAAAGAAGUAUAUGAGCAAUUGAAGAUUAAUCCACAAUUGUCAACCCUUGCUGGAUUCAAUAUCAACAGUAUCCCUAACUUGGCAAGUCUUAGUAGUUCAGCCAGUCUUCAGAAUUUGGCCAAUCUUCAUAAUUUGUCUAGCCUCCAAAGCUUCCCCACCAUAUUCCCAUUCUUGGCAUCAGCUACUGAAAAUUCACAAAUAAAUACUGUUGAGAGCAGUGGUAGUGUUGUACAUGAUAAUAAAGUAAUAACACUUUCACCCACCGAACCACCGUCAAAUGAUUAUAAUGUAACUGUAAAUUCAACAUCUGUAAAUGCCAACAAUUUAAGCUCAAGUGUGAUGACAGCCGAGGAUGGUGUCUUGAACCUUAGCAGCAGUGCACAAACUGUACGUAGUGAAUCUCCUGGUGUGACAACUUCAGUUGCUGUAGUGGCUGCUACAUCUGCUAGCACAGAAGAAGCAACAAUUCAAACAAGUGACAGUGUUGAUCAGCCUACAGUUGUGAAUGUAUCCCCUUCUGAAACAAAAGAGGAGCAAACAGAUUCAUCUCCUCCAGAGGUUACCAAUGUGUCAACAGGCUGUCAGACUGUUGGACUUAUUGAUCCCCCUGAAAAUUGUGGUACUGUGGUAGUAGCUAGUAGUGACCUGAAUUGUACACUUUCAAACGGUUGUUCAGUUUCAGAGGAGACAAAGGCCUCAAUACUAUCCGGUCAGCUAGAUCCAAGCAAUUUACCUUUACUCUUGAUGACCUCUAAUGGACCUUUAACUAGUAUUUCACAGACACAGACAAAUAUUGUUGAGAACAUUGAAACAACACCUGAUGUCCAGGCUGUUUUGUCCAAGGACCCAUCAUUGAUGAGUUCAGAAGGAGCUGAUACUGGUGAUGAUACUAGCAGCAUUGAGGUUGUUGAUGAGAUACCUGGUAUUAGUCAGGCACUUCAGAAUCGUAAAGCUAUGUUCCAUGCUGGGCAUAUGGGUCGCAAAAGAAAAGGAUGUGGAGACUGUGAGGGCUGUCAAGUAGUGGAGGAUUGUGGCCAGUGUCGUUUUUGCCGUGACAAAGCAAAAUUUGGCGGUCCUAACAGGCUUAAACAAGUUUGUGUAUAUAAGCGUUGUGUUCAUGCAGAAUUAGAACCUGAGGACUCAAAGAAAAAACGCAAGAGCAGCGGAAAGAAAGGCCGUGGAAAAUGUGGAGGCUGUGAUGGUUGUCAGAGAACCACAGAUUGCAACGAGUGUUAUGCUUGUCUUCAUAAUGCAGCCACUCAACCCCCAGCUCGUAGAAAGGUUUGUGAAAUGAGGGUAUGCGAACAGCAGCAGAUGGAAGAAGUUCGUGCAACCCUCAGUGUUGCUGGGGAACCAUCCCCGUAUUCCACAGAUUCUCUUAUGGCAGAAGGCAUUAUUAGUUCUGGAACAUCAAGCCCAACCCCAGAUGGGCAGCCUAGUACUCACAAUGAUAAAAUGAAACUCAUGCGCAAAAUGCUGAAAAAGAAGUUUGCCCAGCCAUACAGUCGAGUAAGCCCCUCCAAGGUACGAACUAAAUAUUACUGUGGGGAAUGUCCUGGCUGUCAAACUACGACACCAUGUGGAAACUGUCUUUAUUGUGAAGAUAUGCCAAAGUUUGGAGGGCCUGGUAGAUACAGACAGAAAUGUGUUAAGCAGUUGUGUGUGUAUCAUCCUCGUCUACAAGCACUGAAGCUCUCUAAUCGUUCAAAGAUUACAUAUGAUGAACAACACAUUUUGCCUGAGACACUCAAUCACUUGGGGGGAAAUGUGGCAAUCGGACACGAGGAACCAAUUGUAAUAGGGUGUGAUCUUCAUCCUAAUAUUAAAUCAGACACCGAAUUUGAUCACCUACGAGCUAUGGAAAAUGUAGAGACUGAUCUCACUGAAGGAGAAGAUAGCAAUGCUGCCCUACAUGUUGAAACAAUCUUAGAAGAACUCCCUAUUGAUAAACAAGGACCUAUAUUUGGUAUAGAACACACUGCAAGUGAGAAUUUAAUCAACCCAGAGACAGUAUCAGAUGUAUGUCCAUCACCAACAAAGAUGGAGGAAAAUGAUGACAGUGAUGAUACUCCAACUGUUGUAACUUCCAAUCCUGAACCUGUUCUUCCAGUGGUUGUUGAUGAUACUGAUACACUAGAUUCCACACCCCAAGUAAUAGCUCCUCCAACUGAAACCAUACCUACUCCAGAACCUGUCUGUGAGUCUCCCCCUCCUACAGCUACUCAGCCUCCACUUCCCACAUAUUGUACACUUCCUAUGCCAUCUGUAUCUGAAACAAACACCGCUCCUGUAUCUGUUCCAUCUGAUUCUGACGUUAAUGUAGUGGCUGUUUCAAAUAUCCCAACCCCACCUGCAGUAAGGUCUCCCACACCGACAGACCAUAAAGAAGGUUCUGGCAUUGAUAUUGAGGUAGAGGAAUUAGAGGAAGAUGUUGAUGAUGAUGACGACGAGGCUGGUUCUGAUGCCUCUGAUGUCCCCUCACCUCCAUCUACACCAUCGCCACCUGCUAGGUCUAGAGGACGGGGACGUCAAAGAGGGCGAGGUCGUCCUCAGGGUAAAACCAGUAGGCAUCUUACUACUUCUGCAAAGAAAGAGAAGGUUAUGAGAAGAGGACGCAGGCGUAGGACCACAAGAUUUACACUGGAGCCUGAUGAUAACUCUGAUUUUGAAGACCAACUGGCAAUGUCAGACAUACAAGACGAAAACUCUACAGAAGGGUCUGUUGGUGGCAGUCAGUUGGCUGAGGGUGUCCAAAGUGAUACUGGUGCUAGUGAUGCUACUCAAGAAGUGUCUCCAGUACCAUUGUCACCAGAAACCACUCAAAAGCAGAAUUAUUCGCAAACAUUUGUUGGAAGACCAAAGUCUAUUGAGCCUGAUGUUUUUGAGUUCCAUGACUCUCAAGAAAAUGUGAUAACAAAUAGUCAUGAAACAACUUAUAGCCUUAAACACAAUACCCCAUUUGUGUUUCGUGAUGAAGAAUCAAGCCAGGGAGGGAGAGACGUCAAUGAAAAUUUAGGCUCUGUUGGUGAAACUGCUUCUGCAUAGCAGUAUCUUGGGAAUUUCGUGAAUCCUACACCAAAAUUCAGUACAAUACACAAGUGAACAAACUUGCCAUGAAUGACUGACCUUAUAUUUGUACAGUGGUCUAUGAUAAUUGCAAAUAUAUGUUACAUGUGCAUAUAGAAGAGCAUUUUCGUUCAUAGCUAUUCACUAAAAUUAAUUAAGGAUGUGUAUUUCUUGCUUUAGAAGAGUAUAUUUAAAGUGCUCAUUAUAAGUAAUUUUUUUUUUAUUUAAUCCAAGACUCCUGCAUACAGAAACAGGUUUGGUAAUUUUAAUGGUGAGGGUUUUGGUUUGUUGUGAGUUCAUGCACAACUACAGAAACCAAUGUCUUUCACCCUUAGCUUUGAAAAAUAUCAAUCACAUCAUUUGACUCAUUGUUACUUAGAAAUAUUGGUCUCCUGUUCCUGUAAUAUUUCAAUAGGGUAUCUACGAACUAGUCACCUAGGUGAACAAUUUUUGGUGGUGUGACAGUAGCAGCAAUCCCCAUGUGACUAUUAGAUGUGAUGUUAAAUAUAGAGAAGAAACGGAAAGAAAAAGAAAAAGAAUAUGUAAAUUACGCUUAUAGAGUGAAAAGAAAAGAACUUGUUAUUUACAAUAUACUGAACAAAGUGGAAAACGUGGACAAUACCAUGUGUGUGACAAGGGCAACGUCUCUAUUUGAAUCUCACUCGUGUGCCCCAAAGUACAGAGUUUUAAGUGCCAUUUUCUGCUGCCUAGUUAAACAAAUGUAUGAACUUAUCGGUCUUGAAAAUAUUCCUUAACUUUAAUUAUAUUUUGAAAGAAGUACAAAGUCAUGUAUGUGUGCGUGAAGCUACAGACGCCAUGCUGAUAGUCUUAUCUUGUAGUGAUAGUGCCACGAAUACUAUUCUGUUUGUUGUUGAGCUAUUCUUAAAUACAAAAAACAAACAAAAAAAAACUUGGGCUCUGGAGAAUGUCUGUGAAUAUAUAAUAUUGGAUGGUGUGAGUGAAGACUUUUUGCAUUAAAUACUUUAAUAUAAAGAAAUUUUAUAUUUUCGUGAACGUUAUGUUACACAAAUACUGUACCGAAAGUCAUUUUAAGUAUAAUGUAGCCACUCCAUUAGAGCUUGUGAUGUAUAUACACAAAGGAUCCCUCGCUAUCCAAAUUUCAGCAUUGGCGUGUUUGCUUAAACUAGUAUCAUAUACAGUACUGUGCUGUAUAAUGUGAUUGUAUUUUUGUUAUAUAUGCUACAAAUGCUAUAUGUUUGGUGUUCCUAUAUUGUUCUUAGUUAUUAGUUGUAGAGUAUAUUGAAGACAGAGUUUUGCCAUAUAUAAUGUAGUACCUAGAUAUAUCUAGACAGGAAGUCUCCUGUAUAUUACAGAUUAUUCAUUAUGAAAGUUAAAAUUCUCAUUUCAUUUGUAGAUGUAGAGUAUAUUGUUUAUAAGAUCUAUUGGUUGUUUUCACUUGUUUUAAGAAAAAAUGCUGUGUUCUGUUAAAUUGAAUAUAAAUACAAAAUAAUACUGCCAUUGUAUACUGUUUGCAAUUCCAAACACAUGCUUUUUACUCUUUAUGUUUGCCCUGUUUUGUUUAUGCACAAUAAUUAUGCAAGCAGCAGCAGCAGCAGCACACUCACUCUCCAGAGAGUAACUAGUCGAUAUUUUUGCCUGAAUGUGCUCUAUAGAUGUUUGGUACCUUGUUCCAUCUUCUCCUGCUACUAUACUUGGUCAAGUGUAUACGAUAAUAUACUAUUACUGAAAGACUUCUUUUGCAAUGAUUUCAUGUAGUUCAAAAAAAGGAAAAACUGUUUACCAAGUAUUCAAGUCCUUCAACCAAAUUGGAGCUGAUGUAGAUGUUAAAUGGUAAUAUUUAGUGCAAAGACAUGAUACAUUAUCAUGCUCUAAUUAAAGUUUAAGGAGUAAAAUAGGUUUUGUCCUAAUGACCUGAGGUUUGAUAGUGUUCACCAGCCUCUUUUAAGACUGAAUGUGGCAAGUACAAAAGAUAAGAUAGUUUUCUUUAGAUUCUUUACUAGAAAUAAUGAUCAACUUCCAAAAGUUUUUUUUUUUUUUAAGGAUAAAUCAUUUUUUUGUUUUUUUUUUCCCCCAAGAUGCCUUUGUGCCUCAUAAAUUGCACAUAUCAAGCCUUGUGAUAUUCACAAGGUGAAUAACAGUAAGAACCUUAAUUUAUUUAUUUGAAAUACUUUAGAUAAAGCCUGUUUAUAAAAAAAAAAGAAUAUGAUGACACCCUCCUGGAGAUGGAGAGCUAUAUUCAUUUAUUGAAGUUACAAGUAAAAAUUUCGAGAAACCAAAGAAAGUUUCAAUUUGGGAUGCCCAAAAUGUAGUUUUUUUUUUUUGUCUCAAGUUACGUGUGCUGAAAGCAUAUCAGAAGUCUAGCAUACAAGAUACUACAUUCCGAUUUUCUUGUAAGCACUCUGACCUAUAAAAUCAAUUUAUAUGAUUUUGCUUCCUUCUUGAAUAACGAGUUUUUAAGUUUAUUUUGGUUAAGAAAGCAAAAACUUGAAAAUUAAGAGAGCAUGAAGUUAACUGAAUUCUUUGCUGAGUAUUACAGCUUCUGCAGGUUAAAUAUUUUGCCUGAAUGUUUUUAUAUUAUACAUAAGUUCCCAUUUUUAUAACCAGUUACACAAUAAAGCAACUUAAUUUAAGCUAAAAGUCAUUAGGGUUUUAUUUUUAUUAAAUACAAUACAUACUGCACUAAAAUUAGAGAAAUCAAAGCAAUGAAAUGAUGGUUCAAGGCUUUUUAUGUCUUCUUCCUGGUCAUUUUACUCCUUUUUAUCUUUGAUUUGUUUACCAUAAAAAAUUUGUCAUACGUCCAUGAAUACUGUAUCAUGAGCUAUUUACUCUUAUAUUAAUGUCACUGCAUGGGAAAUUAUAUGGUGUGUUGAAGGAAACGUGUCAUGCAUAAUAGAAUGCUCCUACUCUGUAAAAACGUCAUAAGAAAGCUCGGUUCUGUUCCUGCCUCUCACCUGUGAGAUCCUACCAGUCUUUCUGUACCCACACAACGUUGCCAAACUUGCCGCACAGUGUUCAGUGUUAAGUCUCAAUAAAGCAUAUGCAAUUGAA